AUGGGUUCUCUGGCCCUGCAACUGUGCGCUCUCGUCUGCCUGGUGGUUCACUCGGUUUCUGGCAGCCCCAUCAUGAGUCUGGAGCAGUCACCUCUGGAAGAAGAUAUGCCCCUCUUCGAUGAUGUCUUCUCAGAGCAAGAUGGUGUCGACUUUAACACAUUGCUGCAGAGCAUGAAGAAUGAAUUCCUCAAGACACUGAACCUCUCCGACAUCCCUUCGCAGGAUUCAGCCAAGGUUGACCCACCAGAGUACAUGCUGGAGCUCUACAACAAAUUUGCAACAGAUCGGACCUCCAUGCCAUCUGCCAACAUCAUUAGGAGCUUCAAAAAUGAAGAUCUGUUUUCCCAGCCAGCCAGUUUUAAUGGGCUCCGAAAAUACCCUCUCCUCUUCAAUGUGUCCAUUCCUCACCAUGAAGAGGUUAUCAUGGCUGAACUGAGGUUGUACACGCUGGUGCAAAGAGAUCGCAUGAUCUAUGAUGGAGUAGACCGAAAAAUUACCAUUUUUGAGGUACUAGAGAGCAGAGGGGACAGUGAGGGUGAAAGAAGCAUGCUGGUCUUGGUGUCAGGGGAGAUCUAUGGAACCAACAGUGAGUGGGAAACUUUUGAUGUCACUGAGGCCAUUAGACGUUGGCAAAAGUCAGGUUCAUCCACCCACCAGCUGGAGGUCCACAUUGAGAGUAGACACGACGGAGUUGAGGAUGCUGGCAGGGGACAACUGGAAAUAGACACCAGUGCCAGGAAUAAGCAUGUCCCUUUGCUUGUCGUGUUUUCUGAUGACCAAAGCAGCGAGAAGGAGCGGACAGAAGAACUGAAUGAAAUGAUUGCCCAUGAGCAACUUCUGGAGUUUGACAACUUGGGCAUGGACAGUUAUUCCAGCGGACCUGGAGAAGAAGCUUUGCUGCAAAUGAGGUCAAACAUCAUCUAUGACUCCACUGCCCGCAUCAGAAGGAAUGCUAAAGGAAACUACUGCAAGAGGACCCCGCUCUACAUCGAUUUCAAAGAGAUUGGCUGGGACUCUUGGAUCAUCGCCCCACCUGGCUAUGAAGCCUACGAAUGCCGUGGGGUUUGCAACUACCCCCUUGCAGAGCAUCUCACACCCACAAAGCAUGCGAUUAUCCAGGCCCUGGUCCACCUCAAGAAUUCCCAAAAGGCUUCCAAAGCCUGCUGUGUGCCCACCAAGCUAGAGCCCAUCUCCAUCCUCUACUUAGACAAAGGCGUGGUCACCUACAAGUUCAAAUAUGAAGGCAUGGCAGUCUCUGAAUGUGGCUGUAGAUAG